UUCGGGAAGGAGAGGAGGAAUACCGUGGUGGCUUGCCCGCUGUCACUUCGAACACAGUGUUGGUACCCUACAAACACAUUGGAUUCAGCUCUUCAAGAUAAAAUUACGCGUAAGCGAUAGGCUAAAUUCCAACCAAAUAGCCUAGGCUAUUUAUUUUCAUUUGGAUCAGCGUUGAAGAACAGUUCCCGGAUUUAAAAAGUGUGCUUCCUGGUCUGCGAGGUUUUCAGGUGGACAUGUCCGGUCAGCCACGGCGUGUGCGGCUGAAGCCAUGGCUAGUGUCCCAGGUGGACAGUACCAACUACCCUGGUCUGGUGUGGCUGGACCGUGAGAACAGACGUUUCCAGAUCCCCUGGAAGCACGCCACCCGCCACACCCCCCAACACGAGGAGGAGAACACCAUCUUUAAGGCUUGGGCGGUGGAGACUGGGAAGUUCCAGGAAGGUGUGGACGAGCCAGACCCAGCCAAGUGGAAGGCACAGCUGCGGUGUGCUCUUAACAAAAGCCGUGAAUUCAAUCUCAUCUAUGAUGGGACCAAAGAGGUGCCUAUGAACCCUCUCAAAAUCUACGACGUCUGUGACAUUCCACAGCCUCUUAGCAACCCUGGUUCCACAGGUUCUGUGCCUUGGGAAGAUGAUGCCGAUGGAGACGACGAGAACCCUGACACACCAGAACCUCUUCCACCCUACCCAAAACAGAAUGGCACGAGCUCGUCCCCACUGGGCCCUCCAGUCUGGACUCCCCCUGGGUCGGUGUCCCCCAUGCAGCCGCCCAGCUGCCCCCCAUCCUCGGUGGAGGUGUGGCCCAAGGAGGAGCCGCUGGAUAUGGACGUGCAGCCCCCACCUAUGGACACCCAACCGGCGCCCAUUGUGAUGCAGCCCCCUGCCAUAGUGAUGCCCCCGACGACUCUUCCUGAUGCCAUGAUGUUCGCCACCCCAGAGACGUGGAUCAGCUCCCUGCCUAUGACUGACCUGGAGGUGCAGUUCCGCUACCGGGGCAAGGAGGUGUGCCCGACCAUCAACGUGAGCAACCCGCAGGGCUGCCGCCUCUUCUACGGGGACCUGGGCCCCAUGGUCAACCAGGAGGAGCUGUUUGGGCCCGUGAGCUUGGAGCAGCUGCGUUUCCCCGCCACCGAGCACAUCACCAACGAGAAGCAGCGGCUCUUCACCAACCGCCUGCUGGACGUCAUGGACCGCGGCCUCAUCCUGGAGGUCAGCGGGCACGACAUCUACGCCGUGCGCCUGUGCCAGUGCAAGGUGUACUGGUCGGGCCCGUGCGCGCCCAACCCCUCGGCGCCCAACCUCAUCGAGCGCCAACGCAAGGUCAAGCUCUUCUGUCUGGAGUCCUUCCUCAGUGGUGUAAUUGCCCAUCAGCGGGGCAUGUCUGGCAGCCCGCCAGAUUUUGACAUCAACCUGUGUUUCGGAGAGGAGUGGCCUGACGGCAGGCCGCCAGAGAGGAAGCUGAUUAUGGUCCAGAUCGUCCCGGUCGUGGCGCGCAUGAUCAGCGAGAUGUUCUCCGGCGACUGCACGCGUUCCUUCGACAGCGGCAGCGUGCGUCUGCAGAUCUCCAUCCCCGACAUCAAGGACAACAUCGUGUCGCACCUCAAGCAGCUCUACAGCCUGCUGCAGACCCACCAGCCCCCAGGCGAGGGCUGGAACAUCCCCCCCGGGGCGGCCAUGCAACUGCCCCCCACACUGCAGGCCCAGUAGGACAACACACACACACACACACACACACACACACGUGUACAUACUGCCCCAACAUAAACACUCUCACACACACACACACACACACGUGUACAUACUGCCCCAACAUAAACACUCACACACACACACAUACACACAGGUGUACAUACUGCCCCAACAUAAACAAUGUGAUCAUGUCACUUCAGUAGAGCCGCCCUGUGUUGUAAAAGACCCUGGUCAGCACUGUGAGACUGUGGUCUGCUUUGAAAAGAGUACUUAAAUCCCUGAAAUAUAAUUGGCUAGUGACGGUUCUCUCUACCUACAUUUAAAAAAAAAAAAAGAAUUAGCAAUGCUAUGGUCUUGUUACAUUGUACACCUCAUCUCAUACACAUUGGGGGGGGUCUCAUUUGUGUAUCGUUUCUUUUAGACAGAGGAAGGCAGUUGUGCAGGACUGAAGCAGAGCUAGUUGCUUUAUAACCUAGAGCGGCACCAGAAAGCGUCAAGGGUGAAAGUCCUGCAGGUCGCGAGGUGACUUUUUGAAUGGUUAAUCAUCUACUCUCCGUGGCCUCUAUUUGACUGACCAUUACUUUCACACUGAGACCUUACACUCAGUCGCCAGAUACAACUUCUAUACGACAUAAACCAGUAUCGUCAUCGUUAGUCAUUGGUGUUUGCCUUGCAUGUCUAGUUACUUUUGCCCUAUUCUGGGUGCUGACACAGACCGUAGAGACCAGUAGCUGUUUUUAUAUAUACUGUAUAUUCUUCUGUGGAGAUAUGUUUGUGUUGGGCCUGCCUCUGGUCCUUCUUAAGGGAGAUGGAGAUGUACAGAGCUUUUCCACUGAUUUUUUUUUGUGUGCCGUUUCAUCAUUAUGUUGGUUAUGUAGAUUACAAGCUUGGUAAUUCUCACGGAAUCACUAUUAUAAAGCUGUUCAUAUGCAUUAUAAAGCUAAUUUCUAUUUUAUUCUUCAAGUGACAAGUCUUGUGAUUUUAUUAUCCAUGGAUUGUUUUUCAUUUACAAGAAACUGAUGACAUUUAGGAAGAGGAAUUGAUGUUAUCUCACCAUUGACAAACUGAAUGAGUAGUAAGCAUAGUAAACUGGGCUAGCUGCACUUUUUAAAAUACUUUUGUUAGUUGUUAGCGCAAAGAUUUUAUUACAUAACUGUAUUUACCUGAACGAUUUUAGCAAAUAAAACUUUUGUCUAAAAGUC